CGCCUACAGUGACACCUGGCGGCCAAAGUUCCGUGUUAUCUCCCAUUAAAUUUGCUGCUCUUAUUUGUGAUUUUCACUAACCAUUUUGUGAUAAAGAAAUAACAUUUUUUGCAAUUGGGGUCAGUCAAUAGCGGUGUUUGUUUCAAGUUUGUUUAUCGCGCAACAACGUGCGACGCAAGCUUCUCCCCAUCACCAUGGCAGAAGAAAACAAUGAUGGCAACAAACAAUUGGAUGAAGCUUUGGAUUGUCUAAACACAACCUUCAAACAUAAAGAUUUCAAGACACCACUGCAAAGAGAUGCAGUCUUGGCAGUUCUGAAAGGUAAGAAAGAUGUGUACAUCUCCAUGCCCACGGGAUCUGGCAAGUCCCUGUGCUACCAGCUGCCAGCAGUGAUGGCCAAAGGCAAGAUCUCCAUAGUGGUAUCCCCACUCAUUGCUCUUAUUAAGGACCAAAUGGAGCACCUGGAGCGGCUCAAGGUGCGCGCCGAAUCCAUCAACUCCAAGAUGGCGGCGUCCGACCGUCAGCGGGUGUGGACCGACCUGCAGGCCGUGGUGCCGGCCACGCGGCUGCUCUACAUCACACCCGAACAGGCCGACACCACCAGCUUUCAGAACCUGUUGGAGCGUCUGGUGCGUCACAGCAAGGUAGCCUACAUGGUGGUGGACGAGGCACACUGUGUCAGCCAGUGGGGCCACGAUUUCCGUCCCACCUACCUGAAACUGGGCGGUCUGCGCCGGACGUACCGGCAGCUGCCCUGGGUGGCGCUGACGGCUACUGCAUCGGCUAAGGUGAUGGAGGACAUCUUCAAACAGCUAUCGCUGAAGGACCCGCUGAAGUUCCGCGCCUCCUGCUUCCGUUCCAACCUCUUCUACGACGUACGGUACAAGGAAUCACUGGACGACGAGUAUGAAGACCUCAAGGACUGGGUGGUCGAGUGUCUCGGGCCCAACUGGGAGGACAAACGGGCGCACGGUCCGUGCGGGAUGGUGUACUGCCGCACCCGCGAGGCGACGGAGGAGCUGGCCGGGCAGCUGACGCGUCGCGGGGUGCCCACCCGUGCCUACCACGCCGGUCUGAAGGACCGUGACAGGGCAGCGGUGCAGGAGAGCUGGAUGGAUGGAGAGGUUCCCGUCAUCACUGCCACCGUCAGCUUUGGCAUGGGCGUCGACAAGGCCACCGUCAGGUUCGUCGGCCACUGGAGCAUGCCUCAGUCGGUGGCCGGCUACUACCAGGAGUCGGGCCGAGCCGGACGAGACGGACUGCCCGCCCAGUGCCGCAUCUACUACUCAAAACGGGAACGAGACACGGUAGCCUUUCUGCUGAAAAGAGGGGCUUCACAUAACAAGAAGAAGAAUAAAAAAGAAUUGACAGAGGCUGAUAUGAAGAGUUUUGAAGUCAUGGUUCGCUACUGUGAGGAGGCAAGGUGUCGUCACGCGGUGUUCGCGCGGUUCUUUGGAGACGAUCCGCCCGCCUGCGGCAAACAGUGCGACGUCUGCCUGAACCCCCGACAGGUGGAGCGGCUGAUCGGCGGAUACUUCCGGGACAUAGCCCGAAAGCAGGAUUACCGCACCAAGGCGAUGACCAUCUCCAGUCUGGAUGAAGACCAGUACGAGGGCGGUCGGCGCGGCCGGCAGCGGGAACUGGACAUGUACGAGGAGACUGGCGAGCGUCGGUCGGACGAACGGUCCGGCCUGGAGAGCCUGGUGAAGCGGCAGCUGAAGCUGCGCCGCGGCUCGUCGCCGGUUCGCUCUGACCGUCAGAAGAAACAGGAGAGCAAGGAGAAGGAGCAGGCCGUCAAAUCGUCCCGGCUGCGCGCCGCCGACUGCACCGAGCGCAAAAUCGCCGGACUCACCCUCAAGACUCGUGAGGAGUACUUCAAGCUGCUGGAGGAGGCGCUGUCCCGGAACCUGAACGCCUGUGUGGUGGCCGCUCACGCGCUGGCCGGGCGGGUACCUGAGGUCGCCAUCGAGCUGGAGUACAACAUCUUCACGUCCAACCGCGUGGUGACGAUGUACCGGCGAGCUAUGGCCUUGCUGACGAGCGCCAUUCGGAAGCAGACGAGUCUGUGUGAACUGCACAGCUCUCUGUCGGAGCUAUCUGCGACCGGAGCGCCGUCACAGCCAGAGAAGCCAGCCGACCCCUUCCAAACUGCCGCACAGCUCUUGGCCUCCAAAGCGGAGAGUGGUACAGACAAGCCGGCCGAUCCGUUUCAGACUGCAGCCCAAGUACUGGCUUCAAGGUCGGGUAGUGGUAGCGACCGACCGGCUGAACCCUUCCAGACGGCCGCCCAACUGCUUGCUUCAAGGACUGAGAACGACGCUGACCGGCCGGCUGAUUCGUUCCAAACGGCGUCUCAACUACUGGCCUCCCGGACAGGCGGCAGCACCGACAAACCAGCCGAUCCCUUUCAGACGGCUUCUCAACUGCUGGCUUCAAGGGCAGGCAGUAAUGCGUACCGUCCAGCGGACCCCUUCCAGACGGCUUCCCAACUACUGGCAUCCAGGGCCGGCCGGCCGGAGGACGAUGUUGAGCGAUCACCGCCGUCCUCACCCCAGGCUCGGACAGACACAGAACCACGGGCGCAGUCUGAUGACGAGGUGCCGGAUACUGAGCGCGCGGAGUCACCGGCUCGGAUCCGGGUGGACUCCAGUCCCGAACCAGAGUGUGUCGAAACAAAACCACCGUCCUCGGACUCCACCGGCGGAGAUUCGUUUGCCACAGCCACCUCUCUGCUGCAGAAGCGCCGUGUGGCCCACGCCGGAGCCACGAAGAUAGCCCCUACACCGCCUGAGGAUCGGCCGGCUGAGGCUGCCGCACCGGCGCCGGCGGUUAGUUCGAGCUCCCGGCAGACCCGGGACUCCACCGCGCGCUCCGGCGGGUUCCGACUGAAGCGAGGGAAUGACCUCCAAAAAACAAUCACCAGCUUCUUCCAGCUGGCAUCGGCGGCCAAUGGGACGGCCUCUGGUGGUCCCCAGCAGGAGUCGAACGUGAAUGAGAGGGACUCAGAUGGGGAUGAGCCUGUGGUGAUCGAAGAAUCUGAAAAGAAGCCAGAAACUAAGGCGAGUGAGAGCUUAGCUGUGAUAUCCAAAACGUCCGUGGUUUCGAGUGCAGUACAGGACGUCGACGAGAAGCCCGUCGCCGUCUCGGCGCCCCCGCGAACUACUGGGUCAGGCAGCCGGUCGGCAGCUAAGGCGCGCAGCGGCAGCAGGUCACUGCCGGCACCGGCGCCGGAGAAGAGAAAGUGCUCGAUGGCGGAGCUGUUCGGCGAAGAUGAUGAUGCUGCGCCGGUCAAAUCGUCUCGCCCCGCAGAGUCUGAGCGGAAGCGGCCCCGCCACGACCGUCGCCACUCUUCCCGCUCCGCUAAGUCCAGUUCAACCAAGUCCAGUCCAGUGAAGUCUCAGUCCAGUUCGAAGCGGCCUAGCCGGUCGGCGCGUGCUGAGCCCAGCGCCGACCGCCGGUCAUCCGACCAGGGUGGUCACUCGUCCGCGGAGCGCCGCUCGGUGGCUGACCUGUGCGUUCAGCUGCUGAUGCCGCACUACAAGGCCGGCAAGAUCGCGUCCAAGGACGAGUUUAAGACGCUGGCCAGGAGCCUGGCUCACUCGUACCUGCAGCGACACACGACCGUUGAUGAAGGCAAAUGCCGGAUUAUCGUAGAAGAGGCUCUGGCAGGACAUCAAAUUAAUUGCAAGUGAACUGGUGAGCGAGCGAGGCUUCUGGUAGUGCUAGUGCUGUUAUGUGUAGAGCUGUGCAGCUAUUUGGGUGCCGGUGUUUUAGUAUUAUUGUCGGCUGGUGUUAUUUACCGGCUGUGACCUGUUGCAGUGUCGUUCGUAUAUCUCAUGAAUAUACUUACUGUGCCAAAAGUUGGGUGGCACUUGUCUUUUC